AUCAGCCAAUACAGGGAUCGCCGUUUUGUUGGUACCCAAGAGGACUUUGAGAAGUGUUUGCGGGAAUCAACCACGCUGUACGUUGGAAAUUUGUCUUUCUACACCACUGAAGAACAAAUCUAUGAGGUCUUUUCACGAGCAGGAGACAUUAAGCGGAUCAUCAUGGGGCUUGACAAGAACCAGCUGACUCCCUGCGGCUUUGCCUUUGUGGUCUACUACACACGGGAAGAUGCGGAGGAUGCUGUGAAGUAUAUUUCAGGCACCGUCAUGGAUGACAGGCCUGUCAGAGUGGACUUUGACUGGGGCUUCAAAGAGGGGCGGCAGUUUGGGCGUGGGCGAUCUGGGGGACAGGCAAGACCACUCGUGAGGGACGAAUACCGGACAGAUUGGGACGCAGGCAGAGGUGGCUAUGGCAACAUUGUGAAGCAAGAGCUG